CGGUGGGGGGCGUGUCCUGUGGGGGGCGUGUCCUGUGGGGGGCGUUUGUUCUUUGUGUCUCGAGUCAAAACAGGAAGAGCAGAGGGCGGGCGGUGAUUGGCUGAGAGGACCGGCAGCAGGCUCCUCGGCCCCGCCCCCUUCACGGUGACGAAUCUUUUGAGGAAAAAAAGUUCAAAACAACGGAACAAACAAGAACACCACAGAAGAAGAACCGACAACAUCCGGAGCUUCAUCACGGAGCCGUCUGUGACUCCGGGCCGGCCUGGGAGCGUCUGUCCGCGGGGACACAGCGUGAGGCAGCCCGGGUUGUGAGCAGCAUCAUGGCCGCUGUCACCGUCAUCACGGAUCCAGCCGCGGUGUCGCAGCGCGGCGGUCGGGUCGCGGCUCCGGGACGCGGCGGCAGAUCGGCGGAGACCUGGAAGAGACACAUCAUGGGUCAGCUGAAGAGCCGAGACCUGAGCCAGCACGACAAGUUCCAGGACCUGAUCCGCUUCUACACGCAGCUGUUGGAGAAAACCAGUCUGGCCAAAGGAAUGCUGAGCUGCUCCGUCAGACGUCCCUCCCCUGGUAGCGGCUCCAUCUCCGCUCUGCUUCACCAGAACAACCAGCUGAAGAAGACGACAGGAGAGCUGGCCUAUCAGGUGGUGGAGCUGCAGCAGCAGAUUAAAAUCAAAGAAUGUGUUCUGGAGCAGCAACAUGCCAGACUGUUGGCGGAGGAGCGUCGGCUGGCAGGUGCGUUGGAUGCCCGUCAGGAGCUGCAGGUGCGGGUGGAGCAGGUUCAGGAGGAGAACGGGGCGUUGAAGACGGCGUACGACGCCUUGCUGCAGCGACAGAGAGGGGCGGAGCAGAGACUCCGAGAGGAGAAGGUCAGAGGGGGACACCUGCUGGAGGACAUGAUCCACCUGAAACAACAAGCUGCUGCCCGCAUGAACAGCCGCAACGAACGCAGGUCCAGAGCUCGAGAAGCGAACCUGCAGAAGGAGCUGCAGAAUGCUGCGAGGUCAAAGGUCACGGUGGACAGUUGUUUGAGCGCUCCGACCUCCAGAUCCACGUCUCCAAAGACUGAAAACCACCACGAGUCCACAGACAGAGGACACACCCGACUCUUCAGGUCGGCGUCGGCGACGUCUCCGAGGAUCCUGACCUCCAUCAGAGAGCUGUUUGACAGGAAGAGGCGGGGCCACUCUGUCUGCAGUCUGGAGGAGGAUCUGAUGUGUCCCGUGGGAAUCUGUCUGUCGGCCAGAGUCCCCGCCAGAGCGCUGCAAGUACUGGACGCUCAUGAGCAAGGCAUCAACGCUGUGAGGUUCAGCUGCAGCUCUGACCUGCUGGCCACCGGAGGAACUGACCGGGUCAUCAAACUGUGGGAGGUCCGAGCAGGUUCACUGACUCACAGAGCGACCCUUGACGGCAGCACCGAGGGAAUCACCUGCGUGGAGUUCGACCCCACGGGUCAGAGGAUCCUCGCCGCCUCGUAUGACAAGUCGGCCCUGCUGUGGCGCCUGGACGACUCCGUUCCCAAGCUGACUCUAACAGGUCACAGCAGGAAGGUGACGGCGGCGAGGUUCAGCGGGUGUCUCCAUCAGGUGGUGACGGGCAGCGCGGACAGAACCAUCAGACUGUGGGACCUGCAGAGAGCAGCCUGUGUGCAGGAAAUUGAAGUGUCGUCGUACUGCAGCGACCUCGUCUGUUCAGAGAACUUUAUCAUCAGUGGACACUACGACUCCAAGAUCAGAGUCUGGGACACGAGGACGAUCAGCUGCGUCCAGGAGCUUCCCGCUCAGGGCAAAGUCACCUCGCUGGACAUCAGCUCUGACCAUCGUCAGCUGCUCAGCUGUUGCCGUGACGACUGCCUCCAGCUGGCCGACCUGAGGAGGCGGAGCAAUGACCGCAUGUGUUUCAGAGCGGAGGGGUUUAAAUGUGGCAGCGACAGCACCAAGGCUGUGAUCAGUCCAGACGGUUGCUUCCUCGCCGCCGGAUCAGCUGACGGUGCUGUUUACAUCUGGAAUGUCUCCACCGGCAACCUGGAGACCCGCCUACCUGACAAACACAGUUCGUCCAUCAGUGCUGUGUCCUGGUCUCUGUCUGGUGAAUACGUCAUCAGUGUGGACAAGAGUAGACGGGCCGUCCUCUGGAGUGACAUCUGAAACAGCCAAUCCACAGAGAGGUCUCGUUGUCACAGCAUCGCCCUACACAACACGCCUCACCUUAAAGAACAAACUGAUCUGGGGGCUGUUAAAGGGAACAUCUGUGCCUUUAUUUUUUAUUUUAUUUUUUAUUAAGCUGUUUGUUGAUUGGGCAAAAGGGAUGUGAAACUUUUUUCGAUGCCUUUUUUGCAUUUUCUUACGUAACGGGAGCAACAGUUUAACAUGAAGCUUUUGUUAACCGUAAAAACUGAACAAAGGGAAACUUGCAACCAAAACACAAUAAUAUUUCUGUAAUGUUUGAAGCAGCGGACACACUGUGCAGAAAUUUGUAGACCUUCAUUUGAGGAGUUCAGGUUCAUCAGGUCGUACUGCAGUAAAUAAGCCAGGUUCUCUGGAUGCAGUGCAGUCAAAGUGCUCUCACUCUGAAGUCAUCGAAUACUGGCGCUUGGGCAGUGACGAAAAAAGCUGUUGGCAUGAUAUGCGGCCGGACAGCGCUCCAUGGUGUCAAGGGAAUUGUGGCGGGACAAAAACAAAAGUUAAGGUGGCAAAAGUCCCAAUAGGGUGGGAGGGGUCCAACAACCACAGACUUUCACCCAGGAGGCCGGUGUUUACUUCCUGUAAGAUUGUAAAUCCAGACCUUGUUCUUUUUUCCUAAACCCAACCACGUGUGUGUGUGAAGGAAGGAAAAGGCAAUCUGCAAUGUUGCACCGACGUAGUGCUUUUAUUUUGAAAGAGACUGUAUCAAACUGUACAUUUCCUGUGAAAACAGAAGUGUAUUUUGAAAACAGACAAUGCAUGUAACAGGCUGAAGAACGUCAACGACCAACACACCCAGGGUACCUUGGACGUCAUAUGUGGACGUGGAAAGUCCAUGACCAAACGUGGACAUGUGAUGAGGUCGGAGUGAGGACGAGUUGGUGCAGCAGAUUUUACUGCCCUGGUUCCUUCGUUCCUGGAUCAAAGUUCCUAAAAGGCUUCGGAGUCGUAGCAUCAAUCCGCCGCCUGUUUUCUGACGUUUUUUGUCAGUUUAUCUCACCAUGAUGAUGAACUCUUUGAUCAGCUGGUGAUGUCUGAACAGCAGCGUCACAGUUUCCAAAUCAAACCUUUUUGUUUUUUCUUGUCCAAUGCUGAAUAGAUUUCAGUCUGGUUCUGGUCCUGAAGCCUGACUGCUCAGCAGCUCAGCAGCUCGGCAGCUCUUGGUGGUGGAUUUACAUAUUAAAGGCGUCUGCAGUAAUCCUCUGUUUGGCCUCUCGGCUUUGAAGAGUGGAGUCAGCAGCUUCAAAGGGAGAAGUCGAUGUCCGCGGGCUGUGGUGGAGUCUGAACACAUCCACAUGAAAUAGAGUGAUUUACAUCUUGUCUGAUCUGUGUCACUGUUCAUGUUCAACUGCCUCAGUGAGUCAAAGGCCUCCAACCAGAACACAGACUGUACAUUGGUCGGUUUUAUUUCAGCUGAUUCAUUAUAUGGCGGAUCGUAUGAACGCUUUUCCAAAGGAUACUUUCUCACGUUUUUGUAUUUAAAACAGCUAAUAAGCUUCGAUAGCUUCUUCCACUUUAGACCCUCCACCUCUGUCCAAUCAGAAAUCAGCUCCGUCACAUAAUUCAUGUCUUCAUGAGCUCAGACGCUGAUUGAUGAAUUCAUGCCAAACCUGAAUGUCACCGUUUCUAAGUGCUGGUCUGGAUGAAUCUCAGGUGGAGUCAGAUCUGCUCCUGGUCCCUGCUGACAGGUCAGUGCAGGUCCUGGUUGAGUCUAGUUCCUGGUUCAGUCCAGGUCCUGGUUCACAGCUCAGACUGGAGUCACUGAUGUUUUUUGUCAUAACUAAAAGUCUGCUGCCUGUUCAGAGCAACGAGGGAAAAUAAAAACAAACUUUGUGUCUUUUUUGAUCUGAACCAGAAAAUCUUUGUCCUGAUUUGUUAUAAAAAUCUUUUUUCAGCAGCUUUUAUUUGUUUCCUCGUAACAAACUGAUUGAUUGAUCGGCUCCUGACAGUAAAAACAAGUUUUAACACCAACUUCCUGUUCAUGUUCUUUUUGAUAGCAUUUAGUUUUCUGUUAUUUAUUCAGUGACUUUUAUUUUGAACCUUCAGGGUUUUUUUUAAAGGGAUUUAUUUUUUUGUUUUAAAUGAGGGGAUGUUUGUGUCUGCGCCCUGAGCUUAGACACAAACUGCUGAUUCACAUUCUCAGUCUACCUGCUGCUGCGCUCAAAUCAGCCUGUCAGUCCAAACUGAGGGCAUCAUGACAAAAUAGAGACAGAUCAGACUGUCCAGUGAACAUUAUGGGAUGUAACACAGUCAUGUUGCUGUGACACAGUUGUGUUAAAACUGUCUUUAUGUUUUAUAAUGAUUUUAUUGUAUUUAUUAGAGAUUUUUAAAGCUAAUAAGCUGCGCUAACUUUCCUCCGUGUUGGACCAUCCAUUUAGAGUUUAAAUGUCAGGUCUCUUCACAGUUUAUCUUUUUACUGAUCUUUUAAUGUCUAAAUUGAAAGAAUUCAAAUGCUGAGGUGGUAAGAAGUUCCCACUUUUAUUGUGGUGAUCUGCGAUCUAUGACGUGAUGUCAUAGCCUCUUCAGGAGAAACAAAACCAAACAGAGAACUCGACGAUGAUGAAGGUUCAUGAAAAACAGCUCAGAUUCAGUCGGCUCAGCAUGAACUCCCUGCUGGAGCUGAAAACUUUCUUUUGCUGCUGUUACACUGAUUAGGCUCCGCCCCCGGCACCUCAUCACCUACGUCCUGCUGUCCUAGUCUAUGUUCUGUUCUCAUGUCCUGCAUUCUGCUGUCAUCUCCUACGUCCUGUCAUCUCCUACAUCUUGUCGUCAUUGCCUAUGUCCUGUUCUCGUCACUCACGUCCUGUCACCUCCUGUGUCACGCUGUCGUCGCCUACAUCCCAGCGUCAUCUCCUACGUUUUGUCAUUGUCACCUACGUCCUGUUGUCCUCUCCCACAUCCUUUUGUUAUCUCCCAUGCCAUUGUUGCCUGCGUUCUGUUGUUGUUUCUUGUGUCCAGUUGUUGUCACCCAUGCCCUUUUGUCAUCUCCUGCGUCCUGUCGUCAUUGCCUGUCCUCUUGUCGUCAGCUGAAUCCUGUGUUUUCUACGUCCUGUUAUCAUCACCUACAUCCUGUCAUCUCCUACAUCAUGCUGUCAUUGCUUACGUCCUGUCAUCCUCAUCUACAGUACAUCCUGUCGUCUGCACCUACACGAGUUGGAUCUCGCAACACGUGACACCGACAGGUUUGUAGAUGCUUUCCUGUCCCUCUUUUUUUCCAGCCGACUGUUUGUAGAGCCCUCGGAACAAAUGUCAGUUUUGGUCUUCCUGUCAAUGAUCCGACAGUCUGAACCUUAAAAAAAACAUUGCCACACUCCGAUCGAACCAACCAACCGUUCAGUCUGAUCCCGACCUCCUGUCUGUGUCCUCUCACUGUGAUUUUGGUUCCGGUCAAACUGAACAAAGCGUUCCUUCGUCUGCACAGUGACCAGCUGCUGCCGCCAUCGACAUGAAAACACAGAAUAUCAAAUGUUCCUCUCAAAUAUUUAUAAUGUGUGAAUUAAAUUAUUAGGGAGAAUCAGCAGUUUGUGUCUGAACAGCUUGGCUGUAACGUGAUGUAAUAAUGACUUCAUAUUAACCCUGUGACGUGUGGGCGGUGAUCAAACGUGUAUUAACGUGAUGUUUACAUUCUGCUGCUGUCAAAAGACCGACAAACUUUAUCUCUAAUAAACUCUGGUGUCUGACCUUCA